AUGUUCGCGCGUGUCCCUCACCUGGCGCUACCGACGCUAGAACCCGUUCCUGAAGAAGCAAGAAGCGCGUUUAUGCCCGAACAGCAGCGGCGGAAGUUCGAGAAGCUCAUCGCCGAACGCCGAGUGGCCUUGCGAGAGCGAUACGGACAACCUGGCGAUGAUAGACACAAGCUUCGUUUCAAGUCUGCUAACCGCAUUCUUGACGACAUGAGAAAAGAGUACAACUUCCUUGAGGCUGAAUUGCAUCAACUCUGCGGCAGUGUUACUGAUGUUUUUCGAGGCAAAGAUACACCUAAACUUCGCGAACAAUUUGGGACGAAAGAAAACACUAAGAAAAUUUACGAUCGCAUUGUGAAUGCUUCUACAAAGCAAAAACAAAUGAUCACUUAUCUUUCAAAGCCAUUACCACAAGUGCGCGGCUCUCGACGACGACGAAAUUAG